CAAUCGAAUCCCGUUAUUUGUUGCGUGCCCACAGACUUGGGCACCUCCCUUUGGAGUAUUUUGGUUUGCGAUCAUACUCAUAUGAAAAUGUUAGGUAGUUGAACAACUAAGAGAGGGCUGAGGGGCACAAGAUGGGUCCAUAUUUGGUUAUAAAAAGCGGACAAUUAUCUCGACGGAUCUGUACCUCAACUCAUUCCUUUUCUUUGAGCCGGUGGUGAUUGAAUCUCAAUAAUAUAAGUCAAGCUGCGAAUACCCUGACAUAUCAUGUCUUCUGAAAUUCAAAAUGGGGAGACUCGUCCCAUGUUACACACGUCAGGCCCCGACAUCGUGGAUCCUCAGGGUCGUCGGGUACUCCUGAAGGGCGCCGCGAUUGCUGGCUUCCUCAACAUGGAAAAUUUCGUAACGGGGUAUCCGGGGGACGAGCACGAGCAUCGUCGAGCUAUGGAGGAGGUUCUAGGAAGAGAAAAGGCGCAGUACUUCUUCGAUCGUCUGCUCCACCACUUCUUCACCGAAGACGAUGCCAGAUACUUUGCCUCUUUGGGCUUGAAUUGCAUCCGCGUUCCGUUCAACUACCGUCACUUCAUCGACAACAAGGCCGACCCAGGUGUCUUCAAGCAAUCCGGCUUCGAUCUGUUGGACCGGGUGGUGGAGAUCUGCCGGAAGCACAACCUGUGGGUGAUCUUAGACCUGCAUGCUGCGCCUGGUGGUCAGAACCAGGACUGGCACAGCGACAGUGGUCUCCCGCGUGCCAUGUUGUGGGAAUUCAAACCCUUCCAGGAUCAGAUCAUUGACCUCUGGGUGGCCAUCGCAAAGCACUAUGUCAAAGAUCCCAUCAUCGCGGGAUAUAACCCGCUCAAUGAGCCCGCUGAUCCAAGCCAUAUCGGCUUGUUGGAAUGGUAUGAUCGAGCCAGCGCUGCAAUCCGGGAAGUCGAUCCCGACCAUAUCCUCUUCCUGGACGGAAACACCUACGCGAUGAACUUUUCCCAUUUCGACCGAGUCAUUCCCAAUGCCGUGUACUCCUGCCACGAUUAUUCCACCAUGGGCUUCCCGAUCCCCGGUCAGCCUUUAUACAGCGGCACGGCGGCCGAGAAAGCCAAAUUGAAGGCCCAGCUAGAACGAAAGAUCAGAUUCAUGCGUGACUGGAACGUUCCAGUGUGGAAUGGCGAAUGGGGCCCCGUCUAUCCGGAUUCCAGACAACCAGGAAACGUGCAAGACAUCGUGGAUAGCCGAAUCGCGCUUUUAAAAGAGCAAUUGAACCUAUACGCCGAAGGCCAAAUCAGUUGGAAUAUCUGGCUCCUCAAAGACAUCGGCUAUCAGGGGAUGGUAUACGUGAAUCCGGAUUCUCCUUACAUGCAAUUGGUUGGGGACUUUGUUUCCAAGAAACAGCGUCUGGGCGUCGACUUUUGGGGCUGCACUGACAAAGAGGGUGUUCGGGAUGUGUAUCAUCCUUUCCUUGACGGCUUGAAGAAGAUGGUUCCGCAGCAUCUCCAUGGUAAGAAAUACCCUCCUACGUAGACGUUCGAGCGUCAGGUUGAGCGGGCUGUUGGGGAGUGUCUGCUUAGUAAGUACCUAACGUGGGAAUAUGCGGAGUUGUUCAAGGGUAAGUCGGAGGAGGAGCUCGAGGAGCUGGCUGCGUCGUUUGCGUUCAAAAAUUGCAUUGAGCGGAAGGAGCUAAGCAAGGCUCUUUCGGAGGAUGCGCAUCGAAUGGAGUA